AUGUCUGACUCAAUACAAGCACUCGAGGACGUGCCUAAGGUGGUGGCCAAUGUGCUUCCCUUACACAUUCAGUACAGUGGGCCUGCCAAAGCAAAUGAAUACUUCACCGCAUCCCGCUGCACUGAACAGCUUGGAGACAAAACAGUGGAUGUGGCAUACUUCAGAGGUUCAAGAUUAGUAGGACAAGAAUCCCAUCUAGGUGAAAACACCGGGUAUAUUGUCAAUGCAAGCGAGUCUUUGGCCCACGACGAAGAAGGAGAAGUCAAGACCAUAAAGACCUAUACGUCCGUGGCCCAAUUCAAUCAGCUUAACAUAUUUGGCCACGACAGCUUGGCGGAGCUGGAUAACCAGUGGUCAUUGCUCAAUGAGUGGGUAGGCAUAUCCCACGUUCUUCAUGAUGAAUAG